AUGGUUGGUCGUAAACCAUGUUGUGAUGAGGUUGGAUUGAGAAAGGGUCCAUGGUCGGCGGAAGAAGAUGGGAAACUUGUUGAUUUCUUAAAGACACGUGGCAGCGGAGGAGGAUGGUGCUGGAGAGACGUGCCAAAACUGGCGGGGCUAAGGCGGUGCGGCAAAAGUUGCCGUCUCCGGUGGACCAAUUAUCUCCGGCCAGAUCUCAAGAGAGGUCUUUUUCUUGAAGAGGAAAUCCAACUUGUCAUUGAUCUUCAUGCUCGUCUUGGCAAUAGAUGGUCGAAGAUUGCAGCAGAAUUACCGGGAAGAACAGACAACGAUAUAAAAAAUUAUUGGAACACUCAUAUAAAGAGGAAGCUUAUAAGAAUGGGUAUUGAUCCAAACACACAUCGUCGGUUUGACCAACAAAAAGUCAACCACGAGGAGGAGAAAGAUGAUGUACCUGUGGUUUUGCAGAAUGACACGUCAGCACCGUUAUCAGGGAAUCUAAACCAGUUGUCUGACGUGGACGGUGAUGAUCAGCCGUGGAGCUUUUUAAUGGAAAAUGAUGACGGAGGAGGAGGAGGAGGAGAGCUCACGAUGCUUUUGUCCGGCAACAUUACGUCAUCAAGCUCUUCUUCGUCGUCGUUGUGGUUGAAGUAUGGAGACUUGGGAUACGAGGAUUUAGAACUUGCAUGUUUCGAGGAUUAG